AUGACCAAAAAGUCAAAACUAUACGCGUUUGGUUAUAAUGCUUUUCGACAAACUCACCCUGAAAUUCAGGAUGUUAUCAUCAGUUUACCAACUGAUAUAACGGCAUUCGCAGACAAAAUAAUUUGGGCUAAUAUAAACGCAACUUUGAGCGAAAAGUCUAUAAAAAAUGGGAAAGAUUCAACUGUAUUGUUAACGUGGGGUUUUGACUCGGUAGAAAACAAGAUAAUUUCACCGACUCGUAAAUCUUGGCAAAGAGUGAAAAAAUGCUUUGGAAAUGACAAUAGCAUCCUAGGUUUUCUUGAUAUUGAUGGAAAUAUUGUCUUCGAAAAGGAGCAUUCGAGAAUGUAUGAAAUUAGUAAUUCUUAUACAAAAAUUGUUGAUGCUUCUCAAUUUUGGACCGGCAAUGCUAUGAUUGUGGUUACAGUAGAUGGAAAAUUAUACAAUUGGAAUAUCGAACAGGCCUCUUCGGAAGAGAUUACACCAACUGACAACAAAAUCGAUAUUGUUUUUACCAAAGUAGUAUGUGGAGAGAAUCAUUGUUUAGCAUUGACUCAAGCAGGACAAGUAUUUAGUUGGGGAUCUGGAAGAUACGGACAAUUGGGUCAUGGAGACACGAAAUCUUUGGAUAAACCUAAAGUAAUUGAAUUUUUUGAGGGCUUAAAAGUAGUUCAGAUUGCUUGCGGUGGAUGGCAUUCAGCAGUAAUUACUGAUUCAGGAGAUUUAUAUACUUUUGGUUGGAAUCAUUCGGGAAGACUGGGCAUUCCGCUUCCUGAUAAAAAUAACUACACGCAAUCUUUGAUUAAUUAUGCUGAACCUACACUGAUAGAACUUAAUGAAGGAAAAGAUUUUGGACCUAAUAUAAUAAAGGUUUCUUGUGGAAGUGCUCAUACUGCCAUCGUCACAGAUGAUUAUCGACUUUGGACUUGCGGAUGGGGUAAAUAUGGACAACAGGGUCAAGGAUCACAUAAACUAUUUGAUAAUCUUACCUUUACUCCUGUUUUCUGUCCAGACUUUAAUAAAAAAAUUGUUGAUUGUUUUUGUGGCAGGUGGAAUACUUUUUUUACU